UUGCACUGGACAGUGCCCAUCAACUUUUGCUACUAGAUGAACGUUGUGCAAAGCUAGCUAGCAAGCUACAUAACAUAUAGGCCUACAAUUUCAGCUAAUUUGUCGUCGUGCAUGGUGCAUGUCUGUUUUUGUAAUUUAGUCUCGGAUUUUCAGUCAUCAACAAUUCAACAAUUUCUAGAAGUGACGAGGAGACUCCAUUUUCGUACGCGCCCGGGGUCCCCAGCAAGACGGCGGAAAGCUAGCUGGUUAUGUUGCUAGGCUAACUUUCCCUGCCAGGCGAACGGGAGCCAGAGCAAGCGAGUAGCUUGCGAUAAAUUGUCUAUCCGACGAGACUUUCGUUGACUACUAAAGACUCCCAGCAUGCUGAUGGUGGGAGGCAAUGGACGGAUGCACUAGAAUGAGUGUGAAGGAGCUGUGUGAGACCGAUGACCUGGCCACCGGUUUGGUGCUGGACCCUCUUCUGGGUUUCAGCACACAUAAAAUGAAUAUCAGUCCCCCACCAGAGAUCCGGCGAUGGGGUAAUCUCAAAGAGACCCUGUUGCGCUUUCAGCGUACGCAUGACUUCAAUGCUACGUUUGAGGCGCUGACAGUCGGUGAACCGGCUGGCGACUACUUCAAUGCUUUGGGAAGCCAUCGUCAGGAACUGCUGAGGCAACAUGUGUAUCGCUACCUCAGUGCCUUCCUGUUGGAUAGUGGUAUCAAGAUAGAGUCCUGCGACAGAUACUCAUCAGAGACCAAUGGAGCAAAGAUAACCUCAACAAGGCACUGGUUUGCAGGAGAGCGGGUGGAGGUCCUGCUGGGCUGCAUAGCAGAACUGAGCCCCGCUGACAGUGCUGUCCUGAGGGCAGGAGUCAACGACUUCAGUGUGAUGUAUUCCACGCGCAAACGCUGCGCUCAGCUCUGGCUCGGGCCUGCAGCUUUUAUUAACCACGACUGCAAGCCAAACUGCAAGUUUCUCCCUGGUGAGAAGAAUAUCGCUUGUGUUGAAGUGAUUCGACCCAUCUCACCUGGGGAGGAGAUCACCUGUUACUAUGGUGCCAGCUUUUUUGGGGAAGGCAAUGAAAUGUGUGAAUGCUGCACCUGUGAAAGGAACGGCGAGGGGCACUUCAAACAUCGAGGGAAGCAGCCUGAAUGUGAAGAAACAAAGGACCCUGUGGGCCAAAAGUACAGACUGAGAGAGAGAUAUCUUCGUCAUCACAGAGAGAAGAGUCACUUUCCUGCAAGGCCGAUAAUACCAGGAUUACACUCAGGUAUCUUUAAAGCCAUCCCUUCAAGGAAUUCCUUUACCCAGCAGAUGAGGAGAAAUGCCUUGAAGAACAGAAAAUUUUGUCAAACAAAAAAGUGGAGACGAGAGAAGCACAGACUAUCAGGAAAGCACCCAUUGAAUUCCUCUACAGUCAAACAGUGGAGGACGAUUCCUCAUUUAUCCCAAGUUACUCUGAAGGACCUUACAAUCAAAGUACGACGCCACUCAGUGGAAUUCUUACUCAAUUGUAAGGAUCCAAAAAGCAAAGAAAGAGCCUUACUUCAGCAACUGGAGGAAGUGAAGCUGAAGGGUAACGAGUUGAGUGAACUAAAUUCGACUGGUGAAGAAAAUAGCAAAAGUGAGGUAAACUUGAAGCCUUUCACUCUAAAUUCCUCCAUGUCUGCCCAUCAGAAAAGUAGACCUGCAGCAAGAAGCGCAGGCGUUAACGGAAAGUCUGUUAAAGUUGUAGAUAAGCUGGCAGUUCCGAGGAGGACCUCUUCGAGAGAAAGAAACAUGGUUAAAACCCCAAUCACACAUCAAACAGGGUCCAGUAAAACAGUCAACACUACAACUGUUUGUCAGCCUGUUGAAAUUGACAAUAACUGCAAUGCAUUAAAAAACGAGACGAUUAAGAAAGCUACAGCAGAGACGAAUAAGAAGGCAACAGCAGACAGCAAAAACAAGUGCAGCAAGGACACAACUCAGAAUCUAGCUGCUGAACAAACCAACAAGUGCAGCAGCGUUGAAUCCAGCAGCACCAACACGGCUCACAAUCAAGCAGCGGAACCGUCGGAGCUAAAGCCCACCGGAGCUUCAUCCCUGUUAGAAGUUUGUCAGAGUGUCACGGAUAUAUUGCAGAAAGCUGGGGACAGUGGACUCAUAUCACUGAAGCAAUACCUUACAGUCAGCCUAACAAGGUUAUCAGUGCCGCAAAGCAUAGAAGCAGAAAAGGCCUCUCAAUACAAGAAAGGAAGUGUGGUGCUAAAAGGAAGGAGCAGGCAGGUGCAUAGACCAGCGCCUCUGAGAGUACAGGCAGAAAGGAGAGUGUCCAGAUCGCAGCAGAAGCAGGGAGGCAGUUCAGAGACCGGUACAGCUGAAGGUAACAGAGGGGUGAGGGAGAUGUUUUUCAAGGCUGUAGAUAAAGUAAAUGUAAGGAAGCGACAAGCAAGUGAAUCUGUUGGUGAUUUCUCCCACAGGGAGAAGGGGGCGACUGACAAGGUUAUCGAAAUACAAACUUUGUCAGAAGGAAAAGAUGAUUUACAAGAGGAGCAGCAGGACAUUGUAAAAGGCAAAAUUGAAGGGCUGGAAGAAAAGAGAAAUGCAGCAGUUAAAGUUGUGGAAUGUAAAGGUAACAAAGCCCUAGAAGAGUCUGAAUGUAAAGAAAUGUCCAGUGAAAAACCCAGAGGGCAAAAUGAUAAGCAGGGUGCUAGAAAUGAAGUCAAAGAAGCAUGUAAGGAAGAGGGAGUUGAUAGGCUAUCAGAGCAGAAAGCAAGGUGUGUGAUUAAACAGCAUGUGUGUAGGCAUGAAGAAGAUAUCGUCAUAAAGCAGGCGAAGGUUCUGCUAUCUGAUAUUUUAAGAAAAGAUAAAUCCCUAAUAGAUGAAAGAUUACAUGCAGAUAUUGUAGGAAGAGGGGUUUCUACCUUGGCCUCCAAAGAAAUACAGACUGCCGAGGAGGAAGAAGAAGAGACUGAAAUAAAUGGAGGCAGGUACCAGUGUUCGGUGCAGAGGAGGAUUAUGAGACGACGAAAGAUGAGGCCAAGAGCAGCGAAAACGAAAGCAGAAGGUAAGCAAAGCACCAAGGGACACUUGAGCAAAGACGAUACAGCUCCAGCAAAGACGGAGCUGAGUAAGGACACUUCGCAGCUUCAGUCACCACAGGGACAUAUUAACCCACUGGCUACCUGCUUCAACCCACUACCUCAUAAGACACAAAUUUCAGAAAAAGCCACAACUAAUCUGUAUUCAGAAUCCACUCCGCAGGCACACAUACAGUCCAACAUACCUCUGAAGAAACGUACGUUUCGCAGUUCUGUGGAAAUAGACUCUGAUCAAGUUCUGAAUUCUGCUUCAGAUCAAGCUCCUAAAGAACUCAUUGAAUUAAAUUCAUCGGCAGAGCUGAGGCAGGGUCUUGGUACGUGUUCAGAGGACAGUAGCGAAGUGAAAAAAGAUGUUAAUGGUAGAGUGAGGAGAACAGAAAUCCAGAGGUUAACCCCCAAAAGGAUCACAACUUUUAACCGAGUGCUUCGGUCCCGAGCUAAUGAAGUUCAAGGAGGCCAUUUAUUGAGGAAAGUUCAAAAGAGUAAAUUAGUGAGUAAACAGGAUGAUAUCGUCAAUACUGAGACACUAGAGUGUGAUAAACCUCCAGAGGACAAACGAGACGAAGAUCCUGCUGAAAUCCGAGAGCAGUGUGGUCGAAGUGCAAGUCCAAAUGAAUCUCAAACAGAUGAUGAGGUGGAAAGCUUAAUCCAGCAAAGUGUUUUGGAGGACACUAAGCCUGAAACUGAUUUUAAGAUUCGUUUUAAGAGGAGGAGAGGGAGAGUGUGGGAGAUGCAAAGAGCAGGACUUGAAGAUAUAGCAUUAAAGAUAGAAAAGGGAGAUGAGUUGGUGGCAUGUGAUCCUUUUAAAGCCAUCAUGGAUUCUGUAUCAGUUUUAAAUAUGGAGAUGGAGGCAGCCCAGGCUCAUGUGCAUGCUAGUAGGAAGUCAAAGAACAGGUUGCAUCGUUUGAAAAGAAGAGGUGAGAGGCUUUGUGGCUCCAGGCAUGUCAACGAUGGAAAGUCAGGAAAUGAACCUCAUAUUGUAUCUGGAGCCAGUGAAACAGCUGAUGACAAAGUAGAAAUGAAAGAAAAGCUUGAUGGAGACCUUGAGGAUGGAGUCAAGCUGCUGGCUGAAAAAAUCGAGAGUCAUAGAAAUGAUGGUGACGUGUUGUCAGCUGUAGGGCAAGAAACCAAAAUUGAAGAUCGUUUAAAGACUUGCUGCUUGUUUGAAAGUGGGUCACAACAGAAACUGCAGCCUGAAUAUGAUUCAAAUGGUCUUCCAUUACCUGUCCUUAAACUACGCAGAAAGGUUGAGGAUAUUUGGGAGGUGGACAGCAAAGAGGAGCUCAGAGAAGUGGAAUUUAAGAUUGAGCCUGAUGUUAAAAAAGAGAUGAAGGGUCACAUUUUUGCAAAACAAACAAAAGGAUGUCUUGAUUUCAGCAAGCUGAAAGAAGAGUGCCCAUCUUCGCUGAGAGUGAACCGCAACUCAGCCCUCCUGAAAGCAGAACCGCCUCCAUUUUCCUUAUCUCUGUCACCACUGUCUCUGUCUUCCCCUCUUAAUGACAAUAAAACUGAAGCGAUAUCUUCAGCUGCACAUACAGUCAUUGAAAGGCCAGAGAUGAACAGCGGAGGAAGGAAACCGAGGCACAAAAUGGAGAGACCGCGCAAGUGUGGGCCUGUAGAAACACCCACCACUUGUCUUAGUCACACUCUCCAACAAAUUGACAACAGUCUCUCGAAGCUCUCCGAGGGCUUGUGCUCAUCUCAGACUUUGGAAAAGCCAACAGCUUGCUCGGGUGCUUCUAAUUCUGUCAUCCAGCCUCCGUCCCAGUCUCCUCCAUUCACAACAGCAGAUAACAUGCUGUCCGGUGAGCCUAGCUUCACAAACUGCUGCGAUGAUAUUCUGGACUUUCAGUGUCUCAACUUUGAGGGGUAUUACCAACCACAAAAUAUACUUCCAUCCUCCCCAUCAGAUUUGUGUUCACUGGAUCCACCCACAGAUCCUUUCAGCAGCCCGCUCUCGCACAGCCCGGCUGAUACAUGGACCACUGAAACACCAUACCUUGGCCCUCCCAGUCCAGGAAAUAACUUUACCAGUGAGGAUCUGCAGUUUUUCCCAGGUUUGAUUUCUUCCAAAAGUGACUCUGUUCCUCUGGAAUGUGAAACGAAGGAUAACUCCAAAGACAGAAACCUGCCCAACCCCAGUUUCAGUUUUUCAGCUCUUGGCAACUCUGACUUGGCUGCUAGAGAUCGUAUUAUAAAUAAAAAUCCAGGAAUGAGGCUGCCCAGAGAAGACCUCAAAUCUCAGCCCAUAUCGGUAGUUGGCAAGCCUCGUUUUUUUGGUGCAACGUCAUCUUCUGUUACACUUGAAACUCCUGCUGCUUUAGCCCAACACCCCUUAAACGUCAAGCCGAGCACCAGUCAGUCAAAAACCCAGCCCCAGUCUAACCUUAGGGCCCAGGGCCCCUUCCAUCGUGUAUCCAUUCCCAACAAACCCCAGCCUUUUGUAAGUAGUCAGCCAAACACAGUCAGAGUGCCCCAGAGUUGCUUAACAAAACCUGCCCCAGCACCUCAAAUGCCCAACAAAUUACUCUCUCCUCAACUUUUCACUGUGAGAACUCCCAAUCAUCCCGACAGCCCCUUCAAAUUCCACGAGAAAAACUCUACAGUUAUUCACAGGGUCUUAAAGUUUCAAGGGGGCAACCCGAGUCAGAAUUUAUAUAGUGCACCUGGUAGAGACACCAUGGCUGCUGGCAGCCCGACCGUCACAUCCAGAACACUUGGUCCGAAACAAGGUGAUCUCGAGAAGAAACUUGGCAUUAGUGCAGACAGUCAUCAUAAAGGCAGCAUCACGCUUCAGGGGUUUGGAAAAGAUGUCAGCCAUCUAGUUUCCCCGAACAACCCCAGCAGGUCCAGCCCUCAUUUCAACAAAACACACUCCUCUUUCCCUCAGUCUUUUAGUAAAAUUAAGAUGUCAUCUGACAAACAUGAAAGUGUCGACAUGACAUACAGAAACCAUUCAGUGCUGCAAAGACCCUUCUUUCCUACCAAAAUGUCUGACAGUUAUUCUUCACCUCAAGAAAAGAUUUUAAGGCAGGAUAAAUCCACCAUGCCGACUUCAGACAAGCACCAGCCAUGUUACACCCAGCAAGACCCUUUUGAUUUUAGUUUUGGCUCCUCUCUUUCGCCCAUUUCUCAGCACAACAGCCCCCAAGUGAACCACAGUACACCCCCUGGUACACCAGCACCAGCAAACAAGAGUCAGUCCUCAGCCUCUUUCCCUUACGGCUAUCAGGGUCCUCCAUACGUUCUAAACUUCAGUGGAGAUCAUUCGUUGACCCUGGGUCUCAGGGACGGGGCUGAGGGUUAUUCUGGAUUAGGCUCGACAAACUACACCUACCACUGCCUGAUGGAGCCUUCGGGCACCCAAGGGCGGCUGGUUCUCGAGCCCUGUGGACCUCAGCUUUCUAACCCAGCAUCUUUUUCCUUGGGCGGGUUUUCAGGGCUCAAAGGGCAGGACGACCAUUGCAGGAAGGACAUGCAGCAACAGUGUCAGCCUGGAGACCAUCAAGGGCCACCACACUAUGGACCUGCUACUACGUCUCACUCCAUGGGUCCUGCAAAACCCAAGAGAGUGAGGCUAGUGGUGACGGACGGCACAGUAGACUUAGAUCUCCAGUACUCAGAUUGAUUUAUACCCACCAGUGUCACCAAGUGUGGAUCCAAGAAUAUAUUUUGGGGGGGGGGGGGGAGUUUUGUAAACACUGUAAUUCAAAGUCUGCCAGUUAUGAAAUCCCGCUGACUGAUUGACACACAUUUUUCUAAAUCAUUAUUUUGGACUGUUAAUAUAUAAAUUACUUGUACAGGGUUUUCUGUACAGCGGCCGCGUUUUAACUACUGCGUGAUUUUGAAAUGAAAUAUCCACUACAAUUUGCCGAGAAUACCAAAUUAAGAAUGCGUAAAGAGAACAAAGCAUUAAUAUAUUUGUGACAAGGAGUUUGAACUAUAACGCCCUGUAAACAUAAAAAAAAACCCCUUUUACUGUACUGUAACAUAGCUGUAUGAAUUUUCUAUACCAUGUAUGGCAGUAGAGACAGGAGCACCAUUAUUGGUCGCUGGUACUUGUAUUGGUUUUAAAAGGCAGCUUUGUGCCUCAGUCUUUGAUAUGUUCUUGUGACUUUUUGAAGCACCUGUUUAAAAACAGUUCACCCUCGUUUUUUAUACUCACAGUAAGCUCUUUUCUCAUGUCGUGUGUGUAAAAUCUGCGUGCCAGAGUGUGCAUGCAGUUGGCAGGCAGGUCUCGAGGGAUCAAAGUAAAAGGUGUGUUAUGGUACCUGAUUGUGUGAUGGUUGCUCUACCAAAAUUUAGUAAGAUCGUUAGUCGUUGCAACAAUGAGCGGUUUGUGCAUGAACAGUAAGGUGAUUUCCUGCCGUGACACAAUAUAUAUUCUGAGUGAAGACAUACCUAUGUGAAUGAGUGAGUGAGUGGGAGAAACUGCAAUAUUGCUUCUUCAGGCCAGUUAAGGCAAAGUACAACAUGAGAACCUUUUUAAUGAGAUUGGAUGUUUUAAGAGAAACAUUGCGAUAUUUCCAUGUUACAUUAAGAAAAUUGACAAUCUUCUGACAGAGUAACUAACUUUUGUCACUUCUUGGCCUUUUAUUUUCAAAGGUGUUAAUGAUUAUUACAUGGAAAGAACAGAAAGAAAAUUUGUUCAUCGACAUCAAUGGUUACAGUCUCUGUUAUUUUGUUGUUGGAGCUACACAUUAAUAGGUGUUUAUAUUGUAAGCAGAGUUAUUUGCUGUUGGCUGCGCAGUCACAGCGAGCACUCCCCUCAUGUCAUGAUGUACUAUAUGUUAAACCCUUUUGACAUUGAUGGGGAGGAGUGUUGGGUGUGACUGCACAGCCAUUACAUUACUACCAUGAAAUGUACUGUCUUGAUAUGGAAAGGCCAAUUAUUUAUUUUAAUAUCCUCAUCCUUGAAAUGGUGCUUUAAUGUAAUUUAUAUUUCACAUUGAUUGUUCAAACUAUUAAAUGUUUUUUAUUAUUAUUUAAUGGGACAAAAUGCUGAGCUAAAUAUUUACAUUGAGAAUUUAAUUUCAGAGCCUUUUUGACAUGUUACCCAGUUUUUCAGUUGUUACAGGUAAAACUUUCUCUGUCUCUUUUCUAAUUGGCAGUUAGUCUUACUGAAAGUCUGCUGUAGAAAUGUACAAAUGUAGCCUAUAUAAUUAAAGACGCUUAAUUCUUUUUUUGUAUUUUC